GCAAUAUCCAACCUUUUGAUACAUAUGUAGAUCUACAAAUGGAGAAUAGUGAAUACAGUGAAAGUGAAGAAUUCUGGUCGCUAUGGUUGUUCAAGGAUUACAGUAAUACUGUCUAAUUUAAUCAAUCCCAUCCAUAUAUCUUUGCUUUUCUAGAAAAACUAUUGAGCUUGUAUCUCUUCUUUCUUCCCAUCCUUUCCUUUGUUCUCUUCCAUUAUCUUCUUCUUCUUCUUCUUCUUCUUCUACUUUAAUAUUUUUUAAAUUUUUUACCUUUUUUAUUUUGUCAAUCUUUGAGUUUGCUAGUACAUAUUUUGGAUAUGUUUGUAUAGCCAGUCACCGGUGGGAGCUACGGGAGUCCUGGGUGUUUUAACAUGUUUUAAAAUAUUUGAUGAUGGUACAUAGCGAAGCAUGUAUAUUUAAUUACUGCACGAAACAAACAAAUUGACUAGAUAUUUUAAUCUUGGUCGGCUUUCUAUGCCUAUAAUAUUCUAGCUUUUUUCUCAUUUCUGGGUAGUGUUUAACAUUUUAAAGCAUUUGAUAGUGGUUUCAUAUAUAAAUUCCAUAUAAUAUUAAUCUUUUGCCUUACUGUGCAGUACUAGAAACUUUGCCAAUUUCAGAGACUAUUUGCCAACCUCUAAUACCUAUUCGAAGUAGUGAGCAAACUCUCUUGACAACCGGGGAAUCUCAGCCACUACUAUUACCGGAACAAUUUGUACGAGAAACCUAUCAUCAGAUUUCACCAGUUGUUUCUCAACCUCUAACAUCUAUUCAGGGAGUUGAUGAGCAAACCCUUUUGAUGGCAGGCGAAUCACAGCCACCGCAAGGUAAACCUGCGAAGGAAAAAAAUAUUGUUGGUGAAACUAGGGAAGCAGAACGGCGUGCCAGAAAAAGGGAGAUUGAUAAACAAUAUAGACAAAGACUCAAGCAAACACAACAAGAAGUCAAGAUCGAGAAUGAGAAACUUGCGCUUGCAAAUAAGCAAUUAAAAUUUGAAAAUAGGCAAUUGAAGGGUGAAAUUCAGGAAAAGGAACAAGAAAUUGAACAAUUAAAGAAAGAAAAUCAGGAAAGGGAACAGCAAUGGGAGUCCAAUCUGAAGAAAUGCGCGGAUGGCUUUGAGCAAUUGCAACGUGAAACUCAUGAAAAGGAACAAAUAUUGAAGUCCAUGCAGGAAAGUGAAACGCGAUGGAAGUCCAUGCUGGAUAAAAUGGCGGCCGAGGCUAAUGAUAAAUUGUUAAAAAGUCGAUCUUGUUCUUGUAGCUGUGGUCAACAGUGUAAAACAGAUGCAAUUGAGACUGAAGAUUUGCAAAUUAAUUCAGAACUGGCUCAGAUUCGAAAUGAACGUGAUAAUCUCAAGAAGCAAGAGACGGGCAAACUGUUCCAAGUUGGAGAAACAUUCUUGCAUUUCACGUGCCGUGGCACAGUAGCUACUUGCUGUCCCAAAAGGCAACCUGUGAUUUGCACUUUCUAAUUUCAGAUUCAAUACCUACAUUAACACCACUAACAUACUAACUUCUAACCAUUGUCCUUAUAAAAAAAAAAAAAAAAAAAGAGGUUGGAGAAACAUUCUUGAAAUCUAACACCUCUUCAAUUAUGCAGGUCUUCAAGAAGAUUCUAACAGGAAUGGAUGCAAAGAUAAGAUUUUAUUAUUAUGAAAGAAAGGAAACUGGAUGGA